UUUACCUGCCAAACAAAACGGUGUGCAAAUAAAGACUUUCAAACAACCUGUGCGCGAACGAACCAAUUUUUCAAUAGCUCCAUUGAUCUGUUGUACAUAUUGCAAAGUCGCCACCAUCGUGCGUUUUCCCCCUGCUUCUCUAAAUUUUGGAAUAACAUUAGACUUUUAGAGGGAAACAAAUACCAAUUUCCACCAUCUUUGAGAAGGGAAAGUUGUUUCGACAAUGAUUUGGACGUCCAUGAUUUCUUCCUGAUAUGGGUUCUUCUGUUUGCGUUGUAGCUAAGGAUCGUUGUCUGAUGUUUAGAUGAACCCGAGUAUCGCCAAAGAUCCCAAGAUAACAGGAACAUGGAUGACUUCGAAACGGUGAAUACAUCCCGCGGUUCCUUGCGAAGAAUCACGGUCAAGAGCGCGCAAGAGGCUGACGAGUUGCCACACAAGACCGCGGUCACUACCGUUUCCGGAACGGUACACGAUGGUACGGUUACGACCUCUUUCGACUACCCGAAAUACCGGGACCGAGUUUCGUGGAUAGCCGUAGUCUUCAAAUCUGUACCCGACUCGGUAGGCUUGGCUGGGCUGAAAUAUGCGUUCAACGCAGGAGAGGUUAGAUGGCGCAGAUUUCUGUGGACACUCUUAGUUCUAAGCGGCUUCGGUGUGUGUUUAUAUCAGGUUGUUGAUAGGUCAAUGCACUUUGCAUCUCACCCCAAGAGUGUGGAUGUUAGCAUCAACCAAGUCUCUUCUAUAGAAUUUCCCUCAGUCGCCAUAUGUAGCUACAAUAGAUACAGGGCAUCAGCUGUGAAUGGAACAGAAUACGGCAGAUUUUUGACUGACACUUUCGUGAAUCCGACCACGAUGAACAUCUCACAGUAUUACGACACACUGUCCUCCGGUAGUUUUAAUGAUCUGCUCUUCAAUACUUCUCAUAUUUUAGAACAAUCUAUCCUAGAGGUCUUUUGGAAUAGAUUCCCCGUAUAUCCGACAAGCAAAUACUUCUCGUUAAAAAUGACUGACUGGGGUCCUUGCUUCAUUUUCAAUGAUGCUGAUAAUGGUUUAGAAGGUCUCCAGUUAGAAGCAUCAGGCAGGGCAACGGCUGGGUUAGUAAUAUCGGUCAAUAUCCAUCAGGACGAAUAUUUCUACGACCCAUGGUCUUACAUGGCAGCGGGACUGCAUGUUGCAGUAUACCCUCGCGGAACCCAGCCUUUCAUGGAAGAUAUAGGGUUUUCAGUAGCUCCUGGGACCUCGACAUUGGUUGGACUAGAUCUCGAGGAGAACGUUUAUUUGCCGCCUGUUUAUGGUGAAUGUUCGAACAAAUCCCUAAAUCAUUUUGACUACUAUGGUGCUUUGGAAUGCAAGAUAGAAUGUGUUGGGAGCUUCUUGGCGUCUCGGUGUGGUUGUAAAGUCCUGCAUUUCCCCGGUGAUGUACCCGAUUGUUCUCCGUGGCAAUUUUUUACUUGCAUUAACCCAGUACUAGGGGACUUUGUUAAUAAUUCAAGUUGCAACUGUACCCCGCCAUGUUCGACACGGAAUUAUGUGACAUCAUUGUCGCAAGCAGCCUUUCCAGCAAAUUUCUUCUCUGGACCACUGGCUUCUCUUUACAACGAAACAGCAGAAUACUUCAGACAAAAUAUUUGCCGUCUGACCUUUUACUUUCGAGAGAUGAAUGUGGUAAAACGGGUCCAACAAAAGGACUAUACCUUCUUCAGCUUGCUCUGUGACAUCGGAGGAUCCCUUGGUCUUUGGCUUGGUGGGAGUAUCCUCACCUUCUUUGAAAUCCUCGAUCUCUUCGGUCACUCAACAUACAUUUACACAAGGAGAACCCCUUGAACAGUAUAUCCAUGCAGUGUCAUUCUUGCAAAGCUUAUGAUUUAUGAUAUUGAUAGGAAAGACAAGCUAAGGUUGGAAUCAUGUUCAACAGUAAGGAUAUAUUAUCUUACAUUCAAUUGCUCAAAAAAAAAUGUUUAAAUAUGAACUCGGGCGU